GGGACCAGUUGCCAGUCGUCUGCUAACCAGAGGUGGUCUCACACAGAGAGUUGGAUAUGAGUGUUUUUUCUGUCUGUGCUAUCUGUCUACUUUUUCUAGUAGAUUUAGUGUUUCCUAAAAAAGCGUGCAGUAAGCAAGAUGUACUGGAUUAUUUAAAUCUUACCAGAGACAAUGAAAAAUUCACAACAUGCCGUCCUGCACUGGACUGGACACACCCCACCAUAGUGUAUUUUGAUAUUUAUUUCUACGGCAUCCUUUCUAUGAUUGAAAAAUCUCAAAUCUUUGUACCUCUUUUUUGGAUGUCCGUGAGUUGGAACAAUGAACGAAUCUCUUGGAAUCCUAAAGAUUUUUGUGGCAUUAAAAGUGUGAUUUUGCCAAAAGAGAUGCUUUGGAAACCAGACCUUUAUGUUCAUGAGACUGCAGAAAAGGAAGAUGGACCACUGAACCCGUAUAUAUAUGUUACUCAUGAUGGAAAUGUGAAGAUGGAGGAUGACCAUAAAAUUGUCAGCACCUGCACAAUGAAUGUACACAAAUUUCCUUUUGAUACCCAAACGUGUCACAUCACAGUGUCUUCAAUUAAUUACUCAGAUAAAGAAAUAAAGCUGGUUCCUGCCUCCAAUUCCUCAAAGGCGACACAGCUUGCUCGCGAAAGCAUAUUAACAAAAGGAGAAUGGGAGUUCCUCAACAUAUCCGUCUCGCUCCAAAAUGAGAGCUAUGAGGACCAAACAUUCGACAGGAUAAAGUACACGAUUUCAGUCAGAAGGUUGCCCCUGAUGCAUUUCAUAAAUUUUCAGCUACCUGUAUUGUUUUUCCUCGUUUUGGACCUAGCUUCUUUUUUCAUACCAGACAGAGGGGACAAACUGUGCUUCAAAGUGACUGUGCUACUGGGAAUCUCUGUACUUCUGCUCAUCCUAAAUGACAUUCUGCCAUCCAAAUCUCACAGAUGUCCUCUGAUAGCUGUGUACGUCGUUGUCAUCUUUUCGUUCAUGUUGCUGAGUCUUCUGGAGACCAUUUUGGUGAUAUACUUAAUAAAUAUGAACUCUGAACAAGACGCUAAGGGGGUUCAGACACCUGAAGAUCACAUCUCUGACACAGACAACCGGAAAAGACACGUUAAUGGAGUUGAACCUCAAAUGAAUGACACGCAGCUAUUGCAGCUGAUCCUAGAAGAGCUUCAGAAUAUCAGACAGAGUCUUGUUACCGAUACUUUAAAAGCCAAAACUGCUCAGAUUUACUGGUUUGGAACGGUUAAACGUAUUAACAGGGUUUUCUUUGUGGUUUAUCUCAUCUCAGUUUCCCUCUUUCUUGUUUUUAUCUUUCGAGAGUGGAAAGUUGAGUAAUUUCAAGCCUUAAUACUGUGACAAAUGCUCAGAUUAGGGACCAAUAUUACAUAUAUUGCAUUACAUAACAAUAUUAUGUACAUUUCUUCUUGUUGAAUGCAUUGUUGAAUGAGCAGCACCGUAUUUCAUUUGAUUUUCUGGUAGUUAUCUACAGAGAUCCUCUCCUGUAUGGGCUCAGCCCAACCAAAUUAACCACUUUUUUUAAAAUUCAUAAUUUAAUGUGACGAGUAGCCUACAUCAUUGAUUGAUUUAAAUUAAAAUGAGGUAAAAAGAAUCACAAGUGUUGAAACCAGAAUAUGGGCCUUUUUUGCUAUUCAGCAAACAAAAGCAAAAUGUUUAUUUUAUCCGAAAAGUCUGCUAGGCUAUCCACGGAAGUGCAAUUGCUCUUUAUUCAUUGUAGACUGCUAUGCUACUAUGGGUGAAAAGACGACUUUUACACAGUAGCGUACAUAUUAGCAUCACUGCCAAUGAUCAACAUUUUAAAACUGUAAAGAACUGUAUGCUCUCUUUGUAUAUCUUUGUAAUACUACUUAAUAUUUUGUGUAAUAAAGCAUGCUUCACAAACUCAA